GCCGAGAGGUGGCCGCUCCCUGCUGGCCCCUCUUCUCGGCCCCUUGACCCUCGGAAGCUGAGAGCCAUGGCCCUACCGCUGCUGCCUGGCAACAGUUUCAGCCGCAACGUGGGAAAGGAGAAGUUCCACAAAUCUCAACAUUGGGGCUUUUGCAACAAUGUGAGCAUGCUGGUGAGUGAAGAUAAACCCGGAAUUGGUGGAGAACUGCUUUUCGGGCAAAAGUUGAAGCCUAAAUAUAGUGCAUUUCCUAAAGGAAUCGGAAGUGAUGCACCAUCCUGGGUAGCUUUCGAUAAGCAGGUAUUAUCUUUUGAUGCCUAUUUAGAAGAUGAAGUACCUGAUAAAAGCCAAGAAAACUACAGAAUAAGACGCUAUAAAAUCUACUUCUACCUUGAAGAUGACACAAUUCAAGUAAACGAACCAGAGUUGAAAAAUAGUGGAAUGCCUCAAGGGACUUUCAUCCGGCGUCAUCGGAUUUCACUCCCUCCUCCUAAUGAAGAUCAGUUUUAUACUGUGCAUCAUUUCAAUAUCAACAUAGACAUCAUCUUCUAUGGCCGGACAUUCAAGAUUUAUGACUGUGAUAUGUUCACAAAAAACUUUCUGAGGAAAAUGGGAGUCAAAUUAAACCCCCCGGGACAGUGUCCAGAAGAUCCUUACAUGAAGUUACGGAGAGAGACUCUAGACUGCAUGGGCCCCUUACGUCCUUAUGAGUCCUUUGACACCCUGAAACAGUUCCUUGAAUACGAUAGGAAGGUGUUACGUUUUUUCUGCCUGUGGGAUGACUCCGCCUCGCUGUUUGGGGACCGUAGGGAACUCAUUCUGCAUUACUUUCUGUCUGAUGAUACCAUUGAAGUCAAAGAAGUGAUACCACACAACUCAGGCCGGGAUGCUAUGUCCUUGUUCCUCCAGAGAAGAAAGCUCCCUAAGUACGGCCCACCUGGAGUCUAUCAGCCAGGCCAGAUAACAGAUCGAACAGUUCUUAAUGUGUACAGUGGCUUGGGAGAAAACCGAGUCAAAGGCUACCUAUUGGAUAAAUACAAGCUAGGAAAAGUAGAUCAAGAGUUUUAUAAAGAUGAUGACCUGUUCAUAGGAGCCACCAUCAACGUGUGGGGAAGGAAAGUGCUGCUUUGUGACUGUGAUGAAUUCACGAAGACUUAUUAUAAGACAAAAUAUGGAAUUGAGAACUUCACCUCGAUUCUGUGCAAGGCUCCACCUCCUCCAAAAAUAGAAAGGAAAUUUCCACCUUAUACUGGCUUUGGUUCUGAAGAGGAUUCUCUCCGCUCCUGCAUAGGCCUCAGGCCCACACCUCAUCAGAAGGACUUCAGGAAGUUCGUGGCAAAAGACAGCUAUGGCAACAUAAGCAAUAUACUCCGGUUUUUUGCAAAACUCUUCACACACAAAUGUGCAGAUGUGGACAGGUUGUUUGUUAUUUCGUACUUUCUCAGUGAUGACACGAUUUCAAUAUUUGAACCUAUUGAGAGUAAUUCAGGGAUUACUGGUGGGAAGUUCUUGAAAAGAACUCGUGUUAAGAAGCCUGGGCAAGAGGUCUUUAAAAGUGAACUAUCAGAAUAUAUCAAGGCCGAGGAACUGUAUAUCGGAGCCAAAGUGAACGUGAAUGGCUACCUGUUUCUUUUGCUCAAUGCUGACAAGUACACCUUAAACUACAUGGAAGCGAACUCAGAUAGGUUUCCCAUGAGCAGCAUUGAACUUAUCCUACAAAAGCUGAAAGAAGAAGAAUCAAAAUCCAGAGAGCUCAAGCAGGUUCUUACAGCUGCUGACUCUAGGCUCACGAAGAUGGUGGAUUAUAAUACAUUCAGAGACAUCAUAAUGAGUCUGACUGUUGGGAAACUCACAGACCAUGAAGUUAUAACCCUUGCCCGUCACUACCAGGUGCCCGAGGACACGAGGCCUGAUAUGAAUGUCCUAAUUGCACGGGCCCAUGAACAGCUCAAGAAAAAAGCUUUUGAGAAUUUUGAAAGACUCAAUGCUAUUUGUGUAUACCAAGACCGAGAAAAAAAAAAAGUAUUACCCAGCAAAUACAUCAGAAGGCUGUGCAAGUCCUCCAGGUUACCUUUGACCGAUGAUCUUCUGGCAUCCAUACUCUCUGGGUUUGAAGACAGUAACGAACAAAUAAAUUAUGAAUCACUUUUCUGCACCCUGAACUGGAGAAUGAAUCCAGUGCCUGAAUUGGAAGCACCGUCGUACUUGAAAGAGAGAUGUGAAGAUGAGUGGCUCGGGAUGCCGUCACCUAUCCCCGCGAAAUACAUUAACUACGUACGCCUUUUAAAGGAUGUGUUCGGCUUAGAGGAGGAGUAGCCGUAUGCCAAUUUUAGGCAACUCCCUUUGAUUUCCUGCUCUCAUUUCACUAAGUUUAUUUCAGUAGAUAUAAUUUCAUUUAAAAAAAAAAAAAAAAACAAGGUUCAUAUUGAAUUGAAAUCCAUAGGCCACAGUUAAUUCCCUUUUGUCAUUUUAGUUUUUCAGAACAUCGUGUUACUCUACUGAUGUGCCAGCGUUAUUAAAAAUGCCAUUUAAAGAAAC